AUGGAGCGAGACAGACGUCUCCCCGAGCACGGCAUCCCACCAGAGCCCCCAACGGUCGACGCCGCCGCCGCCUUACCCUGCCCAAGGGUCGACGUUGGGACGGCUCCUGCCUCCUUCGCAUCGGCGGAGCGCGCCCCGAGCACUUCCGGGAUUUUCGAGCGCGGCUCCGGCUCAUCGGGAGGAGUUGUCGAGCGCACCGGCAGCACUUCCCUUUACACCCCCAGAUGGGCACGCGGGGCGGCGGGAGCGCCCGUACCCCCUUCCGCCAUGGCCUCCGCGGCUGCCGCCGCAACAGCCGCUGCGUCAGCCUCCGCGUCUGCCGCCGCCGCAGCAGCCGCCGCAGCAGCCGUGCCUAGUUCGGAUCCAACCACUCCUAGCGGCCCGCUGACGGCUCCGUUAGACGUCAGUUUCACGUCCACUAACCCGCCCACUCCGUUAGGGUUUCAGCAAGGCUUUCCGGGUUUCCAGCCGCGGGAUCCCGAGCGCGACAGGCGGAAUCUGUCCAUGGAAAUGCCGGAGCCCCCCCCUCGGCGGAGGACCCGCCCGGCAUCUUCCGCCAUCUACCCCCGCCCCCACCCAAUAUCUUCCCCCGGCGAUGGCGCGGCGCACCGCGGAAUGGGCAGCGACUUGAGCGGAGACGCGCGGCUGUGGUCCCCGUCGCAGCACCUCCAGCGCGGGCGCAUGCCGGAAGCCGCCUUCCCCAGCUACCGCCCGGGAGACAGCGGGAUUCUCCGCGGCGGGAGGCGGCCCGGCGGGCCGAUGUCCGGGCAGUUUCCCGGCCCGGGCAUGGGAAAGUCGGGCAUGAUUGGCCAGUCGGGGCUGAUCGGGCAGUCGGGAAUGUUUCCGCCGCCGUCGGCGAUCCCCCAGUCGGGGUCAUGGGGGGGGACUGCCCCGAACACGCCAAGCAUACCGAAAUCGAAUAUAGUGCAGAAAUCUAUGAUCAUGUGCAUGGAUCCGACGUGUAACAAGUGUCCCCCCGAGAUGCACGCGCUUCGGAACCGGAAGCUUAUGUCGGCGGCGAUUGACGAGUUCCCGCAGCCGCUGGCGUCGCGAGACGGGCGCGGAGGGGGGAAGCGGGGAAGCGACGGGGCGGACGGGGGAGGGGACGGGGGAAGAGGCGGAGGAGGAAUGGACGAUUUUGAGUAUGAUUUCGACGAGUUUGAUUUCGAGGAUGAUGAGGAUUAUGAUGAGGAGACGGGCGGGAAGAGGACCAUCAUUCGUUGCUGCGGCCUGCCAUGCUUUUCUGAUUUCGACGAGUUUGAUUUGGUGGAUGACGAGGAGUAUGACGAGCGCCUCAAAAGUGAGUAUGAUUAUGACGAGUUUGAUUUCGACGAGUAUGAUGAGGAGACGGGCGGGAAGAUGACCAUCAUUCGCUGCUGCGGCCUGCCAUGCUUUGUCUUCACCAGCCUGGUUCGUUCCUCGUCCCCCCCUCCCUUCGAACCUCGCCUCCUUUCAAACCUCGCCCUCUCUCGCUCCGAUUUUGAGAAUGAUUUUGACGAGUUUGAUUACGAGUACGAUGAGGAGACGGGCGGGAAGAGGACCAUCAUUCGCUGCUGCGGCCUGCCAUGCUUUGUCUUCACCAGCCGGGGAAAGCGCCGGUCGCCCAUGCUUGGGUUCUUCCGAUUCGUGGAAGGGCUCGUGCAACCCGUGGGCAUUCUCAACCCGCACUCCAGGUUCGUGGCGCAGUGGAACAAGUGGUUCAUGGUGACGUGCAUCUUUGGCUUCUGUAUCGACCCCUGGUUCCUCUUCACGCUCCUCACCAUGUACUCGCCCUCCAAGGUCACCCUGUGUUUGGACAUCAACUACCCUGCUGCCAUCACGCUCACUGUCAUGCGGUCAAUCGUGGAUCUUAUGUAUCUCAUCAACAUAUUUAUACAGUUCCGCAUAGCCUAUUUCGUCCCGGCGCCCAGCAACCGCUCCUAUAGGUGGAGCUGCCUGCGCUGGUGGUACGCCGAGCCCUCUCAGCUGGAACCAGGAGACAUGGAGACAGACACGAGGGUCAUCGCCAUGCGAUACCUCAAGUCCUGGUUCCUCGUGGAUUUAGUGUCGACAUUUCCAAUCCCCCAGAUAUUCAUCCUAGGGAUCGUCCCAGCUCUCGGCAGGACCGUCACCACAGCAGCCAACACGUGGAUCGCCGUCCUCACCCUCCUCGCGCUCUGCAUCCAGAACAUCCCCCGCGCUGCGCGCUUCUUCCCCCUGCUGGCGGGCACGGCGUCGCAUGUGACGGGCUUUGUGUUUGAGACCGCGUGGGCCAACUUCCUCCUCAAUCUCGUGUUCUACCUCAUGGCCUCCAACUUCGUGGGAGGGGUGUGGUACAUCCUCGCAGUUGAUCGAUUCAGCGAGUGCCUACAGCACGUGUGUGCCAACACCCAAGGCUGCAACCCCACCUACCUCUACUGCGGCAACACCAACGGCCCAGUCACCACCGUCGCCUCUGCGGACCUCUUUUCACCGCAGUACACCGGCAAGAACGUCACCACAUGCCUGUACACCCCUGGGGAUGACGGCAAAACGGAUUCGCCCAUCCCGUACGGCGUGUUUGCAAAUGCCAUCCCCCUUACGGCAAGCCCGGACGUGGUGUCAAACUACCUCUACUCCUUCUUCUGGGGACUGCAGCAAGUGAGCACGCUGUGUGGCAACCUCGUGCCGUCACGGUGGGACGUGGAGGUGCUCUUUGUCAUCGUCGUCACCAUCAUCGGCCUGCUGCUGCUCGCGCUCCUCAUUGGCAACAUCUCCAACUACCUGCAGUCGCUCAACAGAAGGUCCUUUGAGUAUCAGUUGCAGCGCCACGACAUCGACGCGUGGAUGCAGCGCAGGAAUCUUCCCGUCGACCUCCAGAAGCAGGUGCAGGCUCAAUUGCGGCUGCAGUGGGCGGCAACAAGGGGCGUGGACGAGGCAGAACUGCUGGACAGCUUCUCGGACUCCAUUCAAAUCGACCUCCGCCGCUCGCUGUGCCUCGAGCUGCUGCAAUGCUCCGUGCUCUUCUGUGCCAUGGAACCCCCAGUCCUGGACGCCUUCUGUGCGCGGCUGCAGCAGCAGAUCUACACGGCUGGCUCUAUGAUCAUACGAGAAGGCUACCCCGUCUCGCGCAUCUUCUUUGUUCUAAGAGGCGAGCUCGAGAGCUUUUCCACGUUCGGGGGCCACACGGGGAUGCCGGAUACGGUGGUGCUGGGCAAGGGGGACUUUCUGGGGGAGGAGCUGCUGGUUGACUGCUUGGAGAGGCUCUCUGCUGCCAGUGGGCAGGGGUCGGGUCGAUCGCUUACCAUGAGGAGAUCCAUCUCAGUCACGCCAUCGCUCACCAGCUCGGCCAACCUCUCCCAGGCGCAGCCAUCAGUGGAUGUUUUACCCACGGCCCAGCGGUCGGUGCGCUGCCUGGGGCCCGUGGAAGGGUACUCGCUGGAGGCUGCUGACGUGGCGAUCGUGUGCAAGCAGUUUGCACGCAUGCUCUGCACUAACACCGUUCAGCGCGCCCUCAACCAAAUUUGCUACAACAGACGAACGCACGCCGCCCGCACGAUCCAGCUGGCGUUCCGCCGGUACUUGAGACGAAAACUCGGUCUCUCUGUAGAGGAUGUUUUUAAAGCGGUUAGGAACAGGCGCAUGGCAGCGGUGCUUAACAAAGCACAACAGAUAAGAGCCAAUAGUGCUCUUAAUGGCACAGCUGCUGCUGCCGCUGCUUUGGCCAUUGCUGCUGCUGGGAGUGGGAGCGUGGCUGCGAGCGGGAGGAGAAGUGGUACGGAGAAGGCAAAGGGGGAGGAGGAGAAAGGGGAUAAAGGGGAGAAGGGUGAAGGGAAGGUGAGGUUUGCUGUGGAUAAAAGAGACAGCGGACGAGAGAAAAAAUCGGAGUGA